AUGAACGACGAGGCACCGCCCUUGCAACGGAAGCCCGCGGCUUGUCGAUGUGCCUUUGAAGCCGGCCUUUGUCCACCUCCUCCACCGAUGCUGCCACCGAAAACGAUAUGUGUGGGUCAUCACACCUGUGGGUUCGUGCAUGUGAAUGUGCGUUCACGCCUUCUGCGUGGUAUCCCCUCUAUCUUAACCGCUCUAUUCGCCUUUCCGGGGCUAUGUGUGACUGCGACAGUCGGUCAGGGACGCACACAAUACACGCGUACUCCCACGCACACAUGUUCGAAAUGUAAACUUGUGAAGGAUUGGCUGAGGGAGCGCUUUUUCCUGCGCGAAACGCAAAAUCCACGAAUCGCGUUCCUCGUUUUAGCUCUCCUGUGCCAGCGCGCACACGCACUUGUCGUGGAUAGAGGUCGUAAUGCUUUUCGAGAUUCAGGCUAUCAAUUAAGCCUUCUUCAUUGA